AUGUCUGGACAAUUGCUAUUUUCGGCCUCUAUUCUAACGGUCGGUCUUCUAUUGGCCGGCAAUCACUUUACGGCCACUUUAAGCGAUACCACACCUAAUGUGACUCUCUUUCCUCCGCGCAGAGCUGCCCGUCUUACUUUAAGCGAUACCACACCUAAUGUGACUCUCUUUCCUCCGCGUCGGACAACGGAUCUGAUUGUGUCGGACGUCAACGAUGUGACCAUAUUCUUAAUAAUGGCACAGCAGGCAGAGCUGCCCGUCUUCUACGAAGUGGUCAAACCUGCCCUCUCGUUGGCCAUCGAUAGGGCGCGCAUUCUUUACCCAAACUUGAGGUUUCAUUUGGUGGCCCGAAAAGACGAGAACCCGUGCGUCCAUAACGUUGCCGGCGCUCUCGCGGCCGAAGAGUUUUAUCUGCGAAAAGUGGACGUAAUCGUAGGCCCGGCGUGCAGUCUAGCGCUGGACCCGGUGGCCAGAAUGGCCUCGUAUUGGAAUAUUCCCAUCUUUACCGGCGGUGGUAUUGGCGUCGAGUUCGCGAAGAAACAGACCUACACUUCGUUGACACGAAUGGCCUUUUCGUUGGACCGUGUGUCGCACUUCUUGGUGAAAGUGAUCCGUGAGAACGACUGGCAUCACGUGUCGCUCAUUGUGGACGAGACAGAAAUGUCCAACACUUUGAUUAAAGUCAGUCUCCAAGCGGUGUUCAAAGAGAUAGAGUUCGGACACGAAAUCAAUUUAGAUAUUCAGACGUUUACCAGAAGAGACAACUCGACCGUCAAUUACCAGAAGAUACUCAAACAGUCGGCCCGAGCGGCCAGAGUGUUUAUAUUGAUAUCGACGGGAGAACUGGUGAGGCAUUUGUUGCUGGAGGCGUACGAACUGGGAAUGAAUAACGGAGAGUACGCCUUCUUCGGGGUAGAGCUGGUGAAGAGUACGGGCACUUCGGGUGACUUUUCGUGGUACCAGUCGGGGGACAAACGGAACAAACAGGCGCGAGAGAUGUACGAGUCUUUGAUGAUGGUGAUGGUACGCGUGCCCACGUCUCCCGAGUACGCCACCUUCACACACAAAGUGACCCAAAUGGCCGUGGAUGAGUUUGGCGGCAAGACUAUCAUCGAACAGGUAAACCCAAUUGUGGCCGCAUUUUACGACUGCAUUUUGAUGUACGCCUGGGCUUACAAUAAAACACUGGCCGUCGGCGGCGACCCGCGUGACGGCCGAACUCUGGCCCGUCGGCUGUGGGACAAUACAUUUAAAGAUGGCCUUACGGGUGACAUCAGUAUCAAUGAAAACGGCGAUCGAGAGGCCGACUACACGCUCAACGACUUGGACCCCGAGACCGGUAUUAUGAGACCAGUGGCCACGUAUUACGGCGCCCGACGCUUAUAUGAGAAGAUACAGGGUUUUGAGGUGGUGUGGCCCGGGGGCAAAAAGACUGCCCCACCAGAUGUGCCCUAUUGUGGAUUCACUGGUGACGCCCCUCAUUGUGUAGUGAAGGAUCCCUUUCCAAUUUGGGCCACAAUAUUGAUUAUAUUCUUCUGCAUUACAAUUAUUGGAUUUAUUGUCACUUUCUUUGUGUCCAAGAAAAUGAAAUACGAGGCCGAUUUGGCCGAUCUUUGGUGGAAAGUGUGUUACGAUGGUUAG